AACUAUUAAAAUAUAAUUUGGGUUGGACUCGAUGACAAUUUUGAAUCAGUUUAUGAAUCUUUGAGUGGUACGGACGGUAUACUAUCCUAGAUGGCUAUACUCGGAGAGAAACCAGAAAUUAAAUAAUAAUAUUUUUGAAUUAGUGGAUAAAACGCGCACGCACAGCACAUCACUUAAAGAAAACUCGAAGGUGAAAAAAAAAUCUGUUACAUAACCGGUUUUAUAAUACCUACCAACCUUAAAUAUAAUAUCAAUGCAUCGGAGAUGAGUUACUGGGCGGCCACCAGUGCAAGAGGUAACUGCAGCAUCGGUCGGUACACGUGCGCGAGUGGUAUCAACGCAGUAUACCCAAUAAUAUUUAGUACGAUAAAAAUCCCGGUAAAUCGUUUCCCGUCAUCGGCACAGCAGUACGUUUAUGCAAUAUACCUAAUCUGCAGAGACCGCUCAUUCCGCCGAUUUUCUCACUUUGACUAGACGAUGAGGGACCGUCGCAGCUCCGACGACGACGAAGCGGCGUGGUCGUCCCGCAUGGAUUUCCUGAGCACGGUCGCGUUCCCGCGGGCCGCGGCUGACGGAGCCUUCGGGCCGGGCGCCGAAUACGCGUCGUUCUGCGUGGACGACCGCGACGGUGCGGCCGCUGCCGGAGACCAGUUCGCGUCUGACAUCGUUUUCGGCACGGUCACGCUGACCGGGUCCGAGUGGCCGGCGGACGUCGUGCCCGUCGUGGUCAAGUUCAAAAAUAUGGACGCCCGUUUGUCAGCCAUGAUGAACAUGCACCAAAAGUUCUACAAUGAGUACGUGUUCUACGCCCGUUUGUUGCCAGAACUGGCCGCGAAUGCCGCUGACCCGGCCGCGGCAUUCGAGCUGUUCCCGCGGUUCCUGUACUCGAACGCGACGCCGGAUGGCGUCACGGACGACGGACAGAAGCAAGUGAUUGUCCUGGCCAGCCUGGCGCCUUCCGGUUAUCGCGCGGCCGACCAGAGGGUGUUUCUGGACGUCAGACACACGUUGCUGGCUCUCCGCAAGCUGGGCGCACUGCACGGGCUGUCGUACAACGCCAAAGCCUCGGACGGACGCCGAGGGGGGCCGUCGUUCGCCGACCUCUGCACUGCUGCCCUGGUCGAGACCCAGUGGUUCGACGGACAUUGGUUCAUGAGUCCGCGUUUCUUGUCAGGAACCGGUAACCGGGGCUUGAAUGCGUUGCGCGAAUCGGACACGGCCGGCAAGUACGUGGCGCCACUGGCCCGGGUGCAGGCCACCCUGAGCGGCGAGAGCGUGACAAUGGCCGAACUGUUGCGGCCGGCUGAGCCGCUGGCCGUGCUGUGCCACGGCGACUUUUGCCGAAACAACCUGUUGUAUCGGUACGACGCGGCCACCGGGCGGCCCGUGGACGUUGUCUUGCUGGACCCGGCGCAGGCGCGGUACGCGUCCCCGGCCAUCGAUCUGUCGUUCUUCCUGUUCAUGAACACGUCGGACGCUGAUCGGGCCGCGAACUGGGACCGGUACUUGACUGCUUACCUGGACGGCGUCGCGGACGUCACCCCUUCCGGCCGACCCACACCGCUGACCAAAGCCGACUUGGACGCCGAGAUGCGCGCGCACGGCUUGUACGGUUACGCACACUGUUCGUUCUUCCUACCGGCCAUGGUGAACGCCGAGCCGCCCGAUGUGGAGCGGCUGACCAAGUGCACAGCCGACGAGCGCAUCAAGCUCAUCAACGAAUCCGGUGGACAGGAGGCCGACCAGCUGCUGGCGUCCAUCAUCCGACACAUGGCUGACCGUGGAUACGUCUAACGACCAGAUGAUGAACAGACGACGACCAGACGACGACCACUGUGACCAUUGCUACCACUCUGACUGCACGAGUGCAGCAGCCAAGUCACAUUGUGAAAACCAUUUAGUGCGUGAAAAAGAUUCACUCAGACUACGGCCACAGUUGACGAAUCGAAUUUUUGCAGAAAACAAUUUUUCUAAAUUGUAGGUAGAAUUUUUUUUUGUAUCACAUAAAAUGAACUAUUCACAUUUUUACGUUUCGUCUAGUGCACUCCAUCUAGUGUAAUCACAAUCACUACAUAAGCAUAUGAUUUUCGGCCAGCUCUUGUUAGGCCACCUUACUUCUUUUGUUUAAACAUAAUUUAAUGUAUUCUGUUUUUUGUUUUUGCUUUUAGUUUCUACUUAAUUUCGAAUCAAUAUGAAAUUAUACAAUUGAUGUAUUUAGUAUAAAUAUCAUAUAGCACACCUUAUUAAAUGUUGUGUAGUGUCAAAUCAAUAAAUAAGUAAACAAAUUACAAUAAUAACCUUAUGUGUUAAAAAAAAAAAAUGUUAUGCCACAGCAAAAUUAUACUAUUAUCUUCCUUAUUGUGUCUACAUUUACAUUUGAUAUUUCCUAUAACCCAUCACUUCAAAAGCUUGACAAUAUAAUAUUAUUCAUUCAAAAAAACUUAGAUAUAAUAAAUUUGUUUCAACGUUCAUUAUUUUUAAUGUUUUUCGAACUUACAUCUGAAUGACAUUAAUAGAAUAAAAACACUACGAUAAAGAAAAUAUUGUAUUCUGCAUCGUAUGUAGAUUAUCAUCAAACUAUAAUAAAUUAUUGCUGUAACCUGAAUGCCGAGUGUUUCUUUUUCGCGCCGAAACAGUUUUCACAAACAAUUAUUUGAGGGUGUGUGUUGGUGGUUGGUCUAUACUUACGUCAACGGGUGACCACUACACCGUGUCGUACCGUUUCGUAUAAUAAUAUUUAACAUUUAGGCAACAAAAUGUCGGUAUAGCUGGUAACCCGUUAACCAUUACAUAAUAAUAUACAAGUUGAAUAUUAUAUUAAGCUAUACAAGAUACGACUACACGGUAUAGUGGAAACCCGGUCGAUACUUCUACCUGUAUAAUAUUGGUAAGGGUACCUACUUUGUGCGAUGCUUAAUGUAUUAUUAUUAUAAAAGCUUAGUACACUUAAACGUGUUUGGUGCAAUAUCAUGAAGUCAGUACAAAUUAUAAUAUUAUUUUAAUAUCACGCUCAACACGGUAAUAUCCAGAAUUGUAUCCAGUCAACCGGAAAAACAAUCCGUGGUCUUCCAUCUCUACUAUCACCCUUCACCUUUACGUCCCACCUAACGCAACAAUAAAUAUUGAAACUUUUUAUCGUAAUUAGGGAUAGUGAUGAUGACAGUAAUUAAUAAAUUUGAUUAUUUUUAUUAUUAUUAUUUUUUUUUUUUGCUAUCAUUUAUUGUUUUGUGCUUGAUGUUGAUGUCGUCGUCAUUAAAUUAACAUCAAAUUAUAUUAUGAAGAAGAUAUAUAAAUAUAUAAAUUAAAAGGA